CUAAUGCAAACAAAACCCAGUUCGUCAAAUGUUUAACUUUAUGAGACUAAUUCAUCGAUCCUUCUCGUCGUCUCCUAACUCUGCUCUUCAAACCUUCCUUCCAAUCUCUCAACUAUGCUCCAACGGUCGUCUUCAAGAAGCUUUACUGGAGAUGGCGAUGUUAGGUCCCGAGAUUGGGUUCCAUGGUUACGAUGCUUUGUUGAAUGCGUGUUUAGACAAAAGGGCUCUUAGAGAAGGUCAGAGAGUUCAUGCCCACAUGAUCAAAACCUGUUAUCUUCCAGCUACUUAUCUUCGAACUCGUCUGCUUAUCUUCUAUGGUAAAUGUGAUUGUUUGGAAGAUGCACGGAAAGUGCUCGACGAAAUGCCUGAGAAGAAUGUUGUUUCCUGGACUGCUAUGAUCUCGCGUUAUUCUCAAACUGGGCAUUCUUCUGAGGCUCUCUCUGUUUUUGCAGAGAUGAUGAGAUCAGAUGGGAAACCAAAUGAGUUCACUUUCGCUACUGUUUUUACUUCUUGUAUACGUGCUUCUGGAUUAGCUCUUGGUAAGCAAAUCCAUGGACUCAUAGUUAAGUGGAAUUACGAUUCUCACAUUUUUGUUGGGAGCUCUCUUCUUGACAUGUAUGCCAAAGCUGGUCAAAUUGUUGAAGCUCGCGAGAUUUUCGAGUGCUUGCCUGAGAGAGAUGUUGUAUCAUGUACUGCUAUUAUUGCUGGAUAUGCCCAAUUAGGUCUUGAUGAAGAAGCAUUAGAGAUGUUUCAGAGACUGCAGAGUGAAGGAAUGAGUCCCAAUUAUGUUACCUACGCUAGUCUUUUAACAGCAUUAUCUGGACUUGCUUUGUUAGAUCAUGGCAAGCAAGCUCAUUGCCAUGUCUUGAGACGUGAACUUCCGUUCUAUGCGGUCCUUCAGAAUUCUCUUAUUGAUAUGUACUCAAAAUGUGGGAAUCUCUCUUACGCGCGAAGGCUUUUUGAUAACAUGCCUGAGAGGACAGCGAUUUCAUGGAACGCGAUGCUUGUGGGAUAUAGUAAACAUGGUUUAGGAAGAGAAGUUCUUGAGCUGUUCAGAUUGAUGAGAGAUGAGAAGAGAGUAAAGCCUGAUGCAGUAACCCUUUUGGCUGUCUUGUCUGGUUGCAGCCAUGGAAAGAUGGAAGACACAGGGCUAAGUAUAUUUGAUGGCAUGGUAGCGGGAGAAUACGGGAUUAAGCCUGACACUGAGCAUUAUGGUUGCAUCGUUGAUAUGCUUGGCCGUGCGGGUAGGAUUGAUGAGGCAUUUGAAUUCAUCAAAAGAAUGCCAUCUAAACCAACUGCUGGUGUCUUGGGUUCCCUUUUAGGAGCUUGUAGGGUUCACUUAUCUGUAGAUAUUGGCGAAUAUGUAGGGCAUAGACUCAUUGAGAUUGAACCAGAGAAUGCAGGGAACUACGUCAUUCUCUCUAAUUUGUAUGCUUCUGCAGGAAGAUGGGAAGAUGUAAACAAUGUAAGAGCUAUGAUGAUGCAGAAAGCUGUUACAAAAGAACCAGGAAGAAGCUGGAUUCAACACGAGCAAACCUUGCAUUACUUCCAUGCCAAUGAUCGUACCCAUCCAAGAAGGGAAGAAGUGUUAGCUAAAAUGAAAGAAAUAUCGAUAAAAAUGAAGCAAGCUGGUUAUGUUCCUGAUCUUAGCUGUGUGCUAUAUGAUGUGGAUGAAGAGCAGAAGGAGAAGAUGCUACUUGGCCACAGUGAGAAACUAGCCUUGACUUUUGGGUUGAUUGCUACUGGUGAAGGGAUUCCAAUUAGAGUUUUCAAGAAUCUACGUAUAUGCGUUGAUUGUCAUAACUUCGCCAAGAUCUUCUCAAAGGUUUUUGAAAGGGAAGUGUCAUUAAGGGAUAAAAACAGGUUCCAUCAAAUUGUCAAAGGAAUAUGUUCGUGCCGAGAUUACUGGUGAACAUAGCAAAAAGGCAUGUAAUAUUGAUUCAGCCAACAUCUGUGGAAAUGCAGGUGUUGAAAAGGAACGGUACAAAUUAAAGUUGAUUUGAUUCU